UCUUUCUCUCUCUCUUUCUCUAGCAGACUCACUCGCUCUCUCUUCGCACACUACUUUCUAUGUCAUGAAGAAAAGCAACCCUCCCAAUCCCGCCUUCCGGCGACCCCCACCGCCUCACUUACCGCGUGAUCCCCACGCCCAUCAAUAUUGCCGGCCUGUGCAGUCCGCCUAUCACAACCACCGUCCCAAUUUUCCGGCGAACCAUGGACUCAACCGGCCUCCCGGCCCCGCCGGGCGAACCCGAGGCCCAAAAUUCGUGGUGCAGCUCCGCUGCAACGGUGGCGUACACGGAAGAACCGAUGUGAACUCCGUGAUCGCCCAAUGCGUGCCUUCGCCGGCGGAUACCAGAGUCUUAGACAUCGGUCCCGUCGCCGGAGAAUUGUUCUUCUCUAGUUGUACCGACGGUUUGGAAGCGACUGUCAAUCUCUGGGGCUUGCGCUUCGACGGCGCUCACGGUUUCGAGCCGAGGCUCGUAGCCCCGUCCGGUUACCGCGAACUCGAGGACCGGCUCCGAGCCUUGUUCGCUGAUCGCGUGCGUCGCCUGAUCGACGGCGAGGAAGUGAAGGUGUGGGGCAAGAAGCACCAGCUUGUCUGGGAUGAGAUUAGAAACGUCACGUGGUCGCUCUCUCGGCGGAACCAGCUCGUCUCGUUCUCCCAGCUCCUCGACCGGAAGAAGGGCCUGAUUGCUGAGGGGGACUUGAUUUCGAAACGCUUGGGAGAGUUCAGGUCGGCCAUGAACUGUGUACUGGCUCACUUGGAAGGAAAGAAUGGUGAGGAGGGGAGUGGCGGUUCCUCCCAAAAAAUAGAGGAGAGUGGUGAAGAGGACGUGCAAAUUUUUAGUUUUGGUGAGGGUUUCGAUUGGAAUCGGGUUUACAGCUUGGUUUCGAGGGAGCGUCGACGGCUGGAGGAUGGGUUGCCGAUUUAUGCUUACAGGAAGGAGAUUCUUCGGCAAAUUCAUUGCCAGCAGAUAAUGGUAUUGAUUGGAGAGACUGGUUCUGGAAAGAGUACGCAAUUGGUUCAAUUUCUUGCUGAUUCAGGAAUUGCUGCUAAUGAGUCCAUUGUAUGUACUCAGCCCCGCAAGAUAGCUGCCAUCUCAUUGGCAGAUAGGGUCAAAGAAGAAAGUAUCGGGUGUUAUCAAAACAAAUCAAUCAUCUGCUGUCGGACAUCUUCAUCCCUUUCACAACUUGAUUCUGGGGUAAUAUUUAUGACUGACCACUGCUUACUGCAGCUCUACAUGAAUGAUGCCAAUCUAUCUGGGAUAUCAUGCAUCAUAGUUGAUGAGGCCCAUGAGAGGAGCUUGAACACUGAUCUCCUUCUGGCAUUGAUCAAGAGUUUAUUGUGUCGGAGACCUGAUUUACGGCUUAUUAUAAUGUCUGCCACUGCUGAUGCAAACCAGCUCUCAGAGUAUUUUUUUGGUUGUGGAAUUUUUUAUGUGGAGGGAAGAAGCUUUCCAGUUGCUGUCAGAUAUGUCCCUUGCAUGACGGAAGGAACUUCUGGCUCUGGUUUUUUCGCUUCAUAUGUUCCUGAGGUGGUGAGGAUGGCAACCGAAGUUCACGAAACAGAGAAAGAUGGGACAAUUCUUGCCUUUUUAACUUCUCAGAUGGAAGUAGAAUGGGCUUGUGAAAAUUUCAAUACACCGUAUGCAGUUGCAUUAGCUUUACACGGAAAACUUUCUUAUGAAGAGCAAAUUUGUGUUUUCCAAAGCUUUCCUGGUAAAAGAAAAGUUAUAUUUGCAACAAAUAUUGCGGAGACAUCGCUGACAAUUCCUGGGGUCAAGUACGUAAUUGAUUCUGGUAUGGUUAAAGAAGGCAAAUUUGAACCUGGCAGUGGCAUGAACGUCCUCAAGGUUUGCAAGAUCAGCAAGAGUUCCGCUAAUCAACGAACUGGGCGUGCUGGAAGGACAGAACCAGGAAGGUGUUAUAGACUCUACUCAGUAUCUGAUUAUGAAUCUAUGCCUCCUAACCAGGAACCCGAGAUUCGUAGAGUUCAUCUUGGAGUUGCGGUUCUUAGGAUCCUUGCUUUAGGCAUCAAGAAUGUACAGGACUUUGAUUUUGUUGAUGCACCAAGUGCUAAAGCUAUUGACAUGGCCAUCAGAAAUCUAGUUCAGUUAGGAGCUGUUACAUGGAAUAAGGAUGCUCUUCAAUUAACUGGUGAAGGUAGGUAUUUGGUUAAAUUGGGUAUUGAGCCUCGGCUUGGUAAGCUGAUUCUAGGCUGCAAAGAGCAUCGUUUGUUUCGAGAGGGAAUUGUUCUUGCUGCUGUAAUGGCAAAUGCCAGUAGCAUAUUUUGUAGAGUUGGUAAUGAUGAAGACAAACAGAAAUCUGAUUGCCUUAAGGUGCAAUUUUGUCAUCCCGGUGGCGACCUAUUUACUCUUCUCUCUGUUUACAAGGAAUGGGAGUCUGUGCCUCCAGAUAGGAAAGGUAAGUGGUGUUGGGAAAACAGUAUCAAUGCCAAAUCUAUGCGGAGAUGUCAAGACACAGUCAGGGAAUUAGAAUUUUGCCUCAAACAUGAACUUAAUGCUAUCAUUCCGAGUCACUGGUAUUGGGAUCCUCAUAAGUCUACUGAGUAUGAUAAAUAUAUGAAACAGGUUAUACUCUCUUCCCUUCAAGAAAAUGUAGCCAUGUACUCUGGAUAUGAUAAACUUGGUUAUGAAGUGGCACUAACUGGACAUCAUGUCCAGCUGCAUCCUUCAAGUUCAUUGCUGAUAUUCAGUCAGAAGCCUAGGUGGGUAGUUUUUGGUGAACUCUUGUCAAUUUCUAAUGAAUAUCUGGUCUGUGUAACUGGUGUUGAUAUAGAAUCUUUGUCUACCCUUUAUCCUCCCCCUCUGUUUGAUGUAUCUGAGAUGGACAGCCGAAAGUUGCAGGUGAGGGUGUUGACUGGUUUAGGUAGUACUCUCCUUAAAAGAUUUUGUGGAAAGUUCAGCAGUAAUCUGCUUGGUCUUGUAUCACGUUUACGGACCAACUUCAUGGAUGAACGUAUUGGCAUUGAAGUCAAUGUUAACCUGAAUGAGAUUCGGUUACUUUCCCCUUCACAGUGCAUGGAAAAGGUUUUUAUUUUUGUAAAUGGUGUGUUGGAGUAUGAGCGUAAGUUAUUACUUAACGAAUGCAUGGAGAAGUGCUUAUAUCAUGGAACUGGUGUUUCAUCUUCUAUAGCACUGUUUGGAGCUGGUGCUGAGAUCAAGCAUUUGGAGCUUGAAAAGAGAUAUUUGACCGUUGAUGUCUAUUAUUCAAAUGUGGAUGCCAUUUCUGAUAAGGAGCUUAUAAUGUUUCUUGAGAAGUUUGCUUCUGGUAGUAUCUGUGCUAUCCACAAGUUUACAGGCAUUGGACAGGACAGUGAUGACAAAGGGAAGUGGGGCAGGAUAACAUUUCUUACUCCUGAUGCCGCUAAAAAGGCUGCUGAACUAAAUAAUGUUGAAUUCAAUGGCUCCUUAGUAAAGGUAGUUCCUUCACAGACAUCAUUUGGAGGGGACUCAUUUCCUGCUGUUAAAGCUAAAGUUUGUUGGCCGCGUAGGCCCAGUAAUGGGUUUGCAAUUGUAAAAUGUGAGGCUCAUGAUGUUGGGUUCAUGCUUAGAGAUUUCUAUAAUCUGGCGAUAGGAGGAAAGUUUGUUCGCUGUAAAGCUAGCAACAAAUCUUCUGAUGGUGUUGUGAUAAGCGGAAUUGAUAAAGAAAUCUCUGAAGCCGAAAUUUUUGAAAUUUUGAGGUCUGCUACAAAUAGGAGAAUCCUGGAUCUUUUCCUGGUGCGAGGAGAUGCUGUAGAAAAUCCGCCAUGCAGUGCUUGUGAAGAAGCACUCCUAAAAGAAAUCUCUCCCUUUAUGCCUAAAAGGAACCCCUACACUAAUUGUUGCCGAGUCCAGGUCCUUCCACCAGAACAAAAGGAUACUUUCAUGAAAGCUUUUAUCUCUUUUGAUGGAAGAUUGCACUUGGAGGCGGCAAAAGCUUUAGAGCAACUGGAAGGGAAAGUAUUGCCUUGUUGUUCUUCAUGGCAGAAGAUAAAGUGCCAGCAAUUAUUUCAUAGCUCGUUGUCAUGUCCUGGGCCCGUCUAUGUUGUGAUCAAGAAGCAACUGGAUCCUUUACUUGAAAGCUUCAGGGAUUUAAAAGGUGCAGAGUGCACUCUAGACAGGAUUGCUAAUGGUUCCUUUCGAGUGAAGAUAUCUGCAAAUGCUACAAAAACUGUGGCAGAGCUGAGAAGACCUGUGGAAGAGCUUAUGAGAGGGAAGACCAUGGAUCAUGCCAGCCUCACCCCUACCAUUAUACAGCAUCUAUUUUCCAGAGAUGGCAUCAGUCUUAAGAAGUCGGUGCAACAAGAGACAGGAACCUUCAUUAUCUUUGACAGGCAUAGCCUUAAUGUACGGGUAUUUGGUUCUCCAGACAAGGUUGAGUUGGCACAGAAGAAAUUGGUUGAAUGCCUUUUGACCCUUCACGAAAGCAAGCAACUUGAAAUCCAUCUCCGAGGUGGUGUUCUGCCUCCUAACCUAAUGAAGGAAGUGGUGCGUAAAUUUGGGCCAGACCUCCAUGGGCUCAAAGCGAAGGUACCUGGGGCUGACUUUACUCUCAUUACUCGUCGGCAUGUGAUCUCUGUUCAUGGUAGUGAAGAGUUAAAGCAAAAAGCAGAAGGGAUUAUUUAUGAGAUUGCACAGAUGCCAUAUGGGUCGGCUGAAGGGUUUGACAGUGAAACUGCUUGCCCCAUUUGCUUGUGUGACGUCGAGGAUGGUUACCGGCUUGAGCGCUGCGGGCAUUUGUGCUGUCGGUUGUGUCUGGUGGAGCAGUGUGAGUUUGCAAUCAAGAACAAUGACAGUUUUCCUAUAUGCUGUGCCCGCGAGAGCUGCCGGGCUCCUAUUUUGGUUACAGAUUUGAGGUCUCUCUUGACAAAUGAUAAGUUGGGGGAACUCUUCAGGGCUUCUGUGGGAGCAUUUGUUGCAUUGAGUGGGGGUGUUUACAGGUUUUGCCCAUCUCCCGACUGUCCUUCAGUUUACCGAGUGGCAGAUCCUGGGACUGCUGGUGAGCCAUUUUUCUGCGGGGCAUGUUAUGCAGAGACUUGUACUAGGUGCCAUUUAGAGUGUCAUCCUUACAUGUCAUGCGAGCGGUACCAGGAGUUCAAGGACGAUCCAGAUUCGUCUCUCAAGGAAUGGUGCAAGGGCAAAGAAAAUGUGAAGAACUGCCCUGUAUGUGGGUAUACAAUUGAGAAGGUUGAUGGGUGCAACCACGUUGAGUGUAGGUGUGGGAGGCACAUCUGCUGGGUAUGUUUGGAGUUCUUUCAAAGCAGUAAUGAUUGCUAUGACCACUUGAGGAUUCUACACCCGCCCGAAGUUUUUUAGCUGCUGCCUGCUGUCUGCUGUGUUAAUAAUAUUACCUUAAUACCUAAUCUAUGGCCUUGAGUUAUUCUUGUAUGUAUAUCCCAGAUGUAUAUAGGUCGUAAUAAGUAUAUACUAAUGUGUAGCCAGACAAAUGAUGCCUUUUUAUCUCCCAUCACUAGUCUUUUUCAUGCAAAGUAUGAACCCUCAUGGGAUCCUGCAACUGCUUCUGUAAAUGUCUUCAGAUGAUUGCCUUCGUUUUCAUCUGUUUUCAGGA